GCUGUGUGAGCUCCCCUGUGCAGAUGUCACAGACCUACAACACACCUAGAUCUAUAUUUAGCAGCGUGUUUAAUUAAGAAUAAACAAAAAAAAUGGUGCACAAUUCCUCGCUCAAGGGAGCACUACUGGCUUAUUUAUCGUAUCUUAUUUUUCUCCAUAAAGGUAACGUUACUGCUGUUAAUGGCGUGACCUUACAAGCGUUUUCUGAGCUAGACAGCGUGACGUCAUGUCGAAAGGGACUCAUCACAUUACUGGACAAGAUGGUCUAUAAAACUCGAAUAAAUCUAGCGGUGUUUAAUGACACGCUGAGAUCUGUAGCUUAUGAAGUGAAAAAGUCUUCCAGUGCAUUCUUUAAAAAGAUCUGUUUUCUUAAAGUUCCCUUAAUGUGUAGAGACGUCUACUCGGACAGAGAGUGCUACUGUGUAAGCACAAAUGUCCGUCAUCUUUACCUGUUUGUAUUGAAUGCCACAGCAGACGACAUCUACAGUCGAGGUCAACUCAGAGUAUUAGCAAUGCUGAAAAACUUAUCAGUUCUCCACAGCGACAGCAUAACAAUGCCCUCAAUAUACGAUCCUAGUCAAGUCUGGAGCAGUUUGACUAUAAACAAUGUACUCAUGAAUGAGAAUGAGUGUAGAGCAAACGUCAGCGGCUCCAAGGUUGUGAUACAAUACAAGUGUGAAAUCGAUUGGCCCUCGCCGUGUAAUCUGGAAGUACUGGAUGGUUCGUCUAACAGAUCGAUAGCACAUGGUUCUGAUGUUUUACUAUUUUCUAAGCCCUUUGGUGAGGACACGAAUUUAACAUGGAGGUUUAAAAAGCGCUUCUGCCAGGGCACUCCAGACCACGAGACGCUGUGUAGUAUCUAUUUAGAGUACAAGGAAGAUGCAGCAGAAAGUAGCAGCAUUAAGACGAUUGUUUCUAUUUCAAUUUCUCUAGUUGUAAUUCUAAUACUGGCUACCACUUUAAUCAUUUUGAUUUGCUGGAAAAGAAGAAGGCGAUACAAAUUAACCCAGAAAGUAGCAAGCAAUGACAGAGAAACUACAGAGAAUAUGGAUCUAAAGGCAGACAGUUAAUAUCUUUUACGACAUUAAAAAUAUUUUAUUCUGACUUAAGUAUGUAAUGUGUGCAAUAUACUUUUAUUGUUGUAUAAAUUAUUAUGGUAAAUAAUUAGUUCGUAUUUUAUUAAAAGAAAAGAAUGUAUGGUUCGAUUAUAAUUUCAUUUUAUAAUAAUUAUUUUUAAUAAUUGUAGUCUUUACUCGAGAUUUGAUAUCAGCAAGAUGGUUUAAGACUCAAACUUUGUAACCCUUCAACCACGCUCGUAUUUUAUUUUAAAAUGGUAAUAUUAAAAACUUUGUAAUGUUUUAUACAGUCACCUCAUCAUCAUUUUUUUAAAAGUAUUUUCAUAAGAUAUAAGUUUUAAUGAAUAUUUUGGCAG